CCCUCGUUUCCCCACUCUUGGGUCUCGAUCUCAUCGUCGACAGACUGCCAGAAGGAUGAAUCUGCUGGACCCGUCUGCGUUGCUCGACCAGCUCCCUCGCCUCUUGGAGGCACAGGCACAGGGGCAGGACCCUGCGUCAGAAGCAACACCAGCAGGACAAGCGCAGCUGCGAACGCCCGCCGAUGCUCUCGUCGCCCUGGCGCAUACAAUCCUGACGAAGCUGAGCUUCCGCCUCGUCUCUCUCUCCGACUCGUCCUCGUCCGACGCCACGCUCCCAUCCGGCAAUGUGCUUCCCGCCGGCCGCUGGAACAGCUCCCAGGGUACCUACACGCUCCACUACACCCACGACCAGUCCUCGCUCCACUUUCUCCUAAAGGCCCUGACACUGGGUCCCCGCAUCAUCUUCCAUGCCACCGCCCUCGAGUCGAACCGGACCGAGUCAUACGAGGUCGAGCUCGAUCGAUUUACCAGCAAGUCCUUCUUUCCCUGGCCUCAUGGCUCUGCCGCUGCUUCGUCCUCUUCGUCUGUGGGCGCUGGGGACUCGGCAGAGCCGCUCGUCAAUGGCUUCGUCUCGUCGUCGAGAAUCGCCGACUUCGUGCUGGGCUUCCAGGCUAAGAUCAUCCAAAAGCUCGUCCCCGGUCUGAGGAAGGAAGGCUACGAAGAAUUACCCGAGGAAGAGGCAUCGGCCUCCUCCUCUUCCUCGUCGGCCAGACCGCCGCCCGGACAGCAGCCUCGCCAGCCUCGGUUCGAGCCCCCAGACGUCGACGUGGACGGAACGCAGGGUUUCCCUCAGCCGGGCCGGAACCCACUCAUCAUUGGCGACCGCGACCUCGAUCCCCUCGGUGGCAUUGGAGGCAGGGGCCCCUUCAGCCCGCCUCCCCUAUUCGGUGGCGGCGUCGGAGGACUGGGCGGCGACGAUGGGGGAGGGAUGAUAGUCGGGCCAAACCACCCGAUGUUCCGCGACCGCUUCCAGAACCCGUCUCAUGGCGGCCUCGGAGGUGGAGGAAUGGUGCCCCCUGGAGCCAGAUUCGACCCCGUGGGGCCAUUCGGCCAGGGGCCGAUGGGCCCCGGCGCCUUCAGAGGCGGCCGCGGUGGUGCGAGAGGUGGCGGUCCGGGUGGACGUGGCAGGGGCACCGGCGAGCCAGACUGGGACGACAUGCCACCACCAGGAGGCAGUGAUUACGACAACAUGUUCAUGUAAGACAACAGUCGCGAGAGAAAUGCGAUUCAUGAGUGAAAAGUGAUGGGGAGCGCGAGGAAAUGAGUUAUCGGUACAUGUCACACGAUUUCCCUUUUUGUGGGGGUGAGAUAAACAGAAAGAAGUAGGGAGUAGCAAUUCUACUUGUCGGC